AUGGUUGAAAACAUGGACAACUUCGAGCUUGCGCCACCAGUCGACCUUAGCCACCACUUCUCUGCUGUCACCAAGCGGAGAGUGGCUAGCAAAAUCAAAGCCUUCUACAAGUAUUUCACGAUACCAGGCAUUGCAAAUUUAGCUGGAGGCCUACCUGCUCCAGAGUACUUCCCAUUCGAUGACCUCGAAGCGAAGUCGGCUCUUCCACACAGGUUCAAGCCAACGUCGAACACCCCAGUCGACCCUCCAUCCGCCUCAAAGAAGCACAAGCACAAUGCCUACUUGAACGAUCCUACUCAGACCCGCGUCACCGUUCCUCAUGCCUCAAGUCAACCGAAUAGAUUGGAGCGCAUCGAUCUGAACACAGCUUUGCAAUAUGGUACAGCUCAGGGCUAUCCUCCUCUAUAUGCCUUCAUCCGCGAGUUCGCCCUGACUCGACUUCACCCUAAUAUCCCAUACAAGGAUGGCGGAGAGGUAAUCCUUACCUGCGGCAGUACUGAUGGUUUUGCGAAAAUACUGGAGUGCUUCACAAACAUAUGGACACCCGAUAGUGGCAAGCCACUCUCCGAACGUGAGGGUCUGCUUUGCGAAGAGUUUGCAUACAUGAACGCGCUCCAGACUGCGAGACCUCGUGGCAUGAGUGUCACGCCAGUGGCUAUCGACGCAGAGGGUAUGCUCGCCUAUGGUCAUCCAAAGUGUUUAUACAACGUACUGUCAAAUUGGGAUGUUGAAAAAGAUGGAGGCAAGAGACCACACAUCAUAUAUACUGUGACAAUGGGCCAAAACCCAACGAGUGGCCUGUUGAGCGUCAAGCGCAGAAAGGAAAUCUACGAGAUCUGCCAGAAAUUUGACGUGCUUAUUGCUGAGGACGAUCCAUACUUUUACAUUCAGUUUCCGCAUGCUGCGAAUGAGUUCUCUCAGAAGCAUCGAAAUGGCCAAAUAGUCAGUAUGAACCACUUCGCCGAGAACAACUUGAACUACCAGACCAGCCUAAGAGUGCCUGUGCGAGGAACAGUGAAGAACAGCAAUGGCUACCCAUGCACGACGACCCGUAUGAGAAAAGGAAAAUCUUCUGGGUCUGAGUUCUUGGACUCACUGGUACCAUCAUACCUCAGCAUCGACGUUGAUGGACGCGUUAUCAGGAUGGAUACCUUUAGCAAGACGAUUGCACCAGGCUGCAGACUCGGCUGGUUGACUGCACAACCUGCCAUCAUCGAGAAGAUCCUACGAAUCACUGAGACAAGCACACAGCAACCAAGUGGCUUUGUCCAAAGUCUUGUCGCAGAAAUGCUGAUCGGACCCGACAAGUACGAUUUCGCAAGCUCGGGAAAAGGAAGCGAAAAGCCUGCCGCAGGAUGGAAGAUGGACGGAUGGAUCAGAUGGCUCGAGGGCCUUCGAGGCAACUACGAGCGACGCAUGCGGAUAAUGUGCGAAGUCCUCGAGGAGGGCAAAUAUGUUGCCACAUCCGGUCCUUCCCAAGCCGACCUCCAAGAGCAAGAAGUGCAGGCUAGAACUCGACGCCUUGUUCAAGGUGUCCAAGCUGCUAGACGACAGCGUCUCAACCGAGUCAUUGCCUGCUCAUACGCAAGAACCAAUGCUGCUGAGCUGGCCAACCCCACAAUCCCAAGCACUACCAUCCAAGACUCCAAAUCCACCCCCGACGACAAUGACGCCUUCGAAGUCCUCACCAAGACCCAAAUCUACGACUUCGUCCCCCCAAUGGCAGGCAUGUUCCUCUGGCUCCACCUCCGCCUCGAAACCCACCCCCUCUUCUCCUCCUUCCCGCACGACCAAUUCUCCCACGCCCUCUGGAUCUUCCAAACUCGUGACCCCUACAAAGUCCUCGUAGCACCCGGCACCAUGUUCGCGCCCACACAAGAGAUUCAAGAUGCAAAGGGCUGGCAGUAUUACAGAUUGUGCUUUGCGGCUGUGAAUGAGAAUGAUAUCAGGGCUAUUAGUGAGAAUUUUGUCAAGUGUUGUCAUGAUUUCUGGCAGAUUAAGGAUAAGAAGGUUAUUCAGGAUAUGUUGGAUGAGGAUGAGAGUGGGCAGGUUAGUGAGAGGGUGCAGGAAUUGAUGAAGGAGGGGACCUGGACUGUUAGUCCUGUUAUGUGUUAG